GUUCUGCCUUUCAAGUGAGUCAGACACACACACGCACACUUGGCGAGCGACAGGUGGAACCUGCCCGUCCGGUACGGUCAGGGCCACUUCCCGGUGCAGCCAUAAGAGAAAGGUGGCAAAGCGAGUCGCGCUCAGUGACCCGACCUCGCCUAAUACGCCCACACACUCGCCGACGUCGAAGAUGGACAAAAUGGCAGAGAUGAUUGGAGAUCAAGUGGGGGACAUCGUGGGGGGCAUGGUGAAGAACGCACUCGGGGUCAAAGGCACAAGCAAGGACAAAGGAGGCUUGAGCUCUUUCUUCGGAGGAGACAAGAAAAAUCAGGACGAGAGUGACAAAGGAGGAAUCUUCUCCUUUGGUGACGACAAGAAGAGAGAGAACGACGACGACGACGACAAGGGAAGUUUCUUCUCCAGAUUCCUGGACAGAGAUGACAAUGACAAGAAGGCCAAGCAGUCGGGCUUUGAUGGCUUGUUCAACGAGCUUGAUGGCCCGGAGAGACAGGCAGGAGGCGGGGCCGGAGGAUCGGGGUGCGGAGCUGCCGGGGGAGCACCAGGCGGACCAAGGGGUGGAGCAGGUCUAAGUGAGGGAGAUUUGUUUGGUGAUCUGAUGGAUGUGGCAGAAGAAACAUCCAGAGGAAACUAGAGCAACAGGAAAGAAGUUCUUCCCCCCCAUCCUUCCCUCUUCCCAUCCGUGGUUCCUGCCCAGCAUCUUGUGCUCAUCCUGAUUUUCACCAAAUCAAGCUAGCGUCUCGAGUCAGUGAUCUGUUUUAGCGUACGUGGCAUUACUUUCGUCGACAGGGUCAAGACACGUUUGAACGCCUUGUGGGAAGAAGACAGGAGAGCACAGAUACAGCUAGCUCAGCAAAAAGACACUCUCCACGCUAACUGGUAACUUGGUGUGGCUCAAAAGCGCUCUUUGAGGCUUGGCUCGAAGCCUCCGGCGCAAUACUCAAGCUGUCUUUUGUUAAGAACCUCACACCAUUGCAGAAGCUGUGAUUUGAUUCCAUUUGAUUUGAACGCGGACAAUUAUUCAGUAAGAGGGAGAACUUGAGCCGUUGACAGUUUAGUUUUAAUUUUCCUGUAAACAUGACAGUUGUGUAUACAAAGUGAAAAAGCAAACAUGCAUGUAACCUUUGUGCUUCUUUCCGCUUGGGAUUUGUGAUGUUUAAAAAUGGUGCCAAGCAGCA